UCUUUGAAUUGAAAUUAAUAAAUUAGUUAAUUAUUAUUAAUAAUAGUCGUUAGAUUAGAUCAACGGUUUAAAAAACUUAGAGCAUACUAUGCGCCUGGAGCAUACGAGUCUGACCCAUAUAUAUAUAUAUAUAUAUAUAUAUAUAUAUAUAUAUAGAGGUAAUUACUAGUGAUGCGCGAGGUUGUCGAUGAAGGCCGGGGACCUAACUCUUCGUUUCACGCGUCCAUUUGCAGCCGGGUUGCAGUUGUUCUCGACCGACAUGGCGACAUCGCUGGCCGUCGACGCCUUGAUAAAGGGGCCGAAAUCCCUAACUCUUGAUUCAGUUUUUUCCCCCCUGCUUCUAGUCAUCAAUCUGCAUUCUGCAAUUGAUAGUUAUGUAAGGCCUGCUUUGAGUGCUUUCUUUCCUUGUCCGGCUGGAAAACGGAAAAGGAAAUUUCGGUUUAAGCCUGUAUUAUUUUGGUUGUGUUACGUCGUCGUUUUGAUGUGAUUUGCCUUAGUUGUUCAAAUUUUACAUUGAAAGGGGUCGACUUGUAAUUCUUGUCAUUGCCAUGCACGUAAUCUAAACCCUAGCAACUGUUGUUGUUAGAUCAGAAAUUUUGAUAGAACAUUCUCUUGUCGUCGUUGUGUUGCAAACAACUGUGCAGUUACAUACACGGCCAGAAAUUUUGCCGGCGAGGCCCAGGCCCAGGCCCAAGCCCAAUCGCUAAUCCAAAUCCGACAAGUAGAAGGGAAAAUCGCACUUUUCGAUCCCAGUAUAAAUAAAGCAGGACUCUGUUUCUUUCCCAGUACGUUCUCGGUCUCGCACUUUUCGAUCCAAUCCCUAGCUUUGAAACUCCUCUGCCUCCCGCUGCCAUAUAUAUAUGGCGACGAACAACGAUUCCUCCAUCGGCAAACUCGGAGACGAUCUCCUCGCAGAAAUCCUCACUCGCCUUCCGAGCGCCAGAUCAGCAUUCCGAUGCAGAUCCGUCUCCAAGCGAUGGAACUCACUCAUCUCAAUUCCCUUCUUCUCCCGCCAUUUCGAUUCUCGCCUCCACCGGUUCGGUCACGGCGGCGAACCCGAACAGCCGAUUCUGACUGCCUCCAAGCUCCGGGAAUCGCUCGUGGACUUCCUCCCCUUGACCGACUCCGGCCGAGACCAUCUCUCCAUUCUGGACUGCUGCAAGGAGUUGCUCUUACUCGGGUUCACGACCGGCGGCGGGAGGCAAUUGGACUCGACGCUAUUGGUCUGCAAUCCGUUCACAGAGCAGGGGCUCGUCCUUCCCGUUCAAAGCUGGCCGGCAGGCGACGAUCGCUCCUUGGCAAGAUUAGUAUGCGAGCCCUGUAAACCGAUCGCCCUGCCGGAUCCGAACAGCGACGACGAAGAAGAAGCGGCGGCAUCAUUCACGCAUCAUCAUUAUUGCGAGUAUCGAUUCCGCGUGGUGCGUCUGUAUUCGCCUGAAGACACAAUACUGGACGUGUUCUGCUCGGAAUCUGGUGAAUGGAUGAACGUGGGUCUCGAACUUGGGGACCAAUUUAGUCUAGAUACGAAAUUGCUGCCUAGCAGCUGUGUGGUUUCCGUCCAUGGGAAGUUGUAUUGGAAGAAUUCGGAGAGGACGAUUGUUGGGUGGAAUCCAUUCCGUCCGUACGAUCCACCGCGUUCGAUUGCGUAUCUUCCCCGUAGGUUCAACUUGGGAUCCCUUCUCUCGUUCUCGCAAGGUGCUCUGCACAUGAUUCUCGUGCCCAUCUUAAGAACGUCGGACGAAGUAAGUGUUUGGAGGCUCGAAGAAGAAGAAGAAGAAGGAGGAGGAGGAGGGAACCGUUGGAGGGAACUUUAUCGAGUUUCAUGGAAGAAAUUACUGGGCAAUGCUGCCAGUAGCAAAUGUCGUUUCGAAAGAGGCGAUUUGGAGGCUGGUGGGGUUUGUAGCGUAGUUGGACACCACACAGAGAAGUCGGAGAUCGUCUUUUUAAGAUGUUAUGGCUCUGCUUCUGUCGUCUCUUGCAACCUUAGGACGGAAGAGAUAGGGUUUUUAUUUGACGAAGGAGAGUUUCAGUAUGAUUCGAUGAUAUUACAGCCCAGGGUCCAUUUUUGGACGCCUCAAUCAAGAAGUCGAUGGAGUAAAUGCCUGAAUCUCAGAUGCGAGGAAACGUGAAAGUCAUUUCUAAUAACUUGUUUUAUUAUGUUUUAUAGUCGAUGUUUAUCAUUCACACCUACAUAUUUUUAGUGAUGGCAAUCAAAUCUAUUGUUGCGGGUAUCCUACAGCUCUCGACCUAGUCAACGCGCGGGAAAUUCCCGUUUUGACUGGAUAUGAGGUGGAUAUAGGUAAAACUCGUAAAAAAUUUGAUGGGUAUGGGGCGGGUAUGGAUUCAGCCUCACUCGUCCCAUACUCAUACCCAUAAUCAUCCCACCAAGAGAAUUUCUUCGAUAUAAAAAAAUAUGUGGAUCAAAUUAUAACCUAUCAUUGAUAAUGCAGGUAACUCAUGAAAAUAAAUAGUAGAAAUGCAAUUGAGUGACCACCCUAAUCAUUCUCAAAAAAGUGAUCAUUCUAAUCAAAACAUAAUUCAUUUCCCUCAAUUCUCCAUUCACUCCUUCAAUUUUGUCAACAAGAUUAUGUUAGUUAAUUAUUACUUAGUACAUGUGUGAGAGUUAGAGCAUAAUAAUUUGGAAAAUAUUGUAUUCUAUAUUAUGUAUUAAUGAAUAUUUUUGGAUCAUACUCUUUGAACCGUAUUAAGAAAAUGAUUGUAUUUUAUUGACUUCAUGAUAUAGUAGCUCCGUUUAGCAUUAUAAUUAUGUAAAUAAUUGUGUAAAAUCUUAUGUAUAAUAAUGUUGGAUGUACGGGCCGGUUAUUUUCCAUGAGUACCCGAAACCUACGAGUAUGGGGAUGGAUUUUCGAAACGUUCCUUGCAUGGUACGAGACGGGUAUGAGUUUGGAUAUUUGAAAACGGGAUUGGUAUAGUUUAGGCAAACCCGCCCCAUUGUCAUCAGUGGCGGAGGGAGAGGGUAACAGGGUGGGUCCCGGGACCUACCCUGGUUCGGGGGAAAUGGUUAAAUUAGGUACGAUAAUUAAUUGAUAUCGAAAACUAGGUCGCGUUUAAUUGAGAAUAGUUGGUCGAAAAGUUUUGUGUUUGAAUCUUGGCGACCUCAUUUCUUAAGCAUGCGGUAUACAGAUUUGUGCAAACAUCAAUUUCGUAUAAGUUGACUUUCUUAUAAGGGAUCAUGGUAGUAAAUUGUAUAAUAUAUUAUUGAAAUCUUCCAAAAACUCGAUUUAUUGAUACUGAAUAUUUUUUUUGUAAGAACAUCAUUCGAAAGCGAACGACUAGGUGAAUCAUGAAUUAUUGGUUGCUAUAAAUUUAUUAUUAAACCUUUAUCAACAACUCGAAGUAUUGAUACUAACGAUUCUCAACAAAGAACACCAUUUGAAGCACUACGAGUCUACGAGACUACGAUUAACUAAAUCAAUGAUUGUUUGGUAUAUAUGCAAAGUGAUAUUCUUGAUAUUUUCGACUGCAAAUGCAUUUUAGUUUAUCAAAAGUUUUCAAUGUAAAAUUAUAUUAAAAAAAAACUAUUUUAUCAUAUUUAUUUUUUUGAGUUGGACUCACCUUAAACGGAAUUCUGACUACACCAUCCCUAAGAUCAAUCUUGUGUUUUAUCAACUAUCUAAUUUUUUUUCAGUUUGUUAGUUUGAUGAGUUGAAAUAAUAUAAAUUUGCAUGUGUA